CGGUGCCCGGUGGCGGCGGGCAGGGCCGACAUGUCGGCGCGGGCGCUGCCGCUGCUGUUCCUCAACCUGGGCGGGGAGAUGCUGUACAUCCUGGACCAGCGGCUCCGCGCACAGAGCAUCCCCGCCGAGAAGGCCCGCAAAGAUGAAUGGACAGAUGGGGACAGGAAACGAGUUAUGAAUGACAUCAUCACAACCAUGUUCAAUAAAAAAUUCAUGGAAGAGCUGUUUAAACCACAGGAACUCUAUUCCAAGAAGGCCCUGCGGACACUGUACGACCGGCUGGCUCAUGCCUCCAUCAUGAGACUGAACCAGGCCAGCAUGGACAAGCUGUACGACCUCAUGACCAUGGCUUUCAAAUACCAAGUGCUGCUGUGCCCUCGGCCCAAGGACAUCCUGCUGGUCACCUUCAACCACCUGGACACCAUCAAGGAUUUCGUGCACGAUGCUCCUGGCAUCCUGAACCAGGUGGAUGAAACUGCCCGACAGCUGAUUGAAACUUACAGCCCACUUUCUGCUGGUGAAUUUCAGCUCAUCAGGCAAACACUCCUCAUUUUUUUUCAGGACAUGCACAUAAGGGUCUCCAUCUUUCUGAAGGAUAAAGUGCAGAACUCUAAUGGUCGCUUUGUGCUGCCAAUAUCAGGCCCUGUUCCGUGGGGCACUGAAGUUCCGGGGCUCAUCAGGAUAUUUAAUCACAAUGGAGAUGAAAUUAAAAGAACUGAAUUCACCACUGAAGGAAAUUAUUUUAUUCCACAAAGGGAAGGAUCUUUUGAUCUUUAUGGAGACAGAGUCCUCAAACUUGGAACAAAUAUGUACAGUGUUAGUCGGCCUGUAGAGACACACAUGUCAGGAUCAUCCAAAAACCUGGCAUCCCAGGCAAAGGAGAACGUAGCCCCUAACCCCCUGGCUAAAGAGGAACUGAACUUUCUGGCCAGGCUGCUGGGAGGUGUGGACGUGAAGAAACCUGCUGGGAGUGAGACAGGAUUUCGACUGAAUUUGUUCACAACUGACGAGGAGGAAGAACGUGCUGCCCUGACCAGACCAGAGGAGGCAUCUUACAAGGUUGUCAACAUAGAAGCCACGCAGGAGCCGGGCCGGCGGGCCGAGCUGUCCCGCAUCCUGGGGGAGCUGGAGGAGGCGGAGCCGCGCCCGGAGAGCGGCGAGAAGGGGGAGGACCUGCUGGCGCUGAUGGACGCGCUCUGAGCGGCGGCGCGGGGCGGGCGCGGGGCGGGA